UCCCCUGAAUGAUCACAAACAGUCGAGGAGUUAACUUAAUCUAACCAGACCUGUGCGUUAAGAUUGUGUUUGUUCUCGUUUAUUGCUCUUAUCGUUUUCCUAGUGGACCGCACAACGUUUAUGUGUACCCAGAUUAAUUUAUAAACCUUGUGAAAGCUAGAAAAGGUUACCAAUUGAAUCUUGUUUUAAAUUGCUUGGUGUGAAAUCUGAUUCUCGGAGGAUUGAACUUUCGAGCUGAUAAGUAAGUGAACUUUGUUUGUGAGCCAGACGAAAUACUACCCACAAAGCUCCCUGUAGGUAAGAGUACACAUUAAACUAGAUAAGUCUCUGCUGAAACUGUAAGACUUAUGAGCGGUAAUAACCUGUCAAGUUUAAUUUACUGAAGCAUGAAUUGGGCUCAGUUUAAAGUGGGUUUGACUUUAUGGUAAUAAACUGCAUAGCUCUAAACCGUAAAAGCGUGCCUUUGACUGCCUGGGUUGUACACAGGUCGAGAGAUUCAUAAAAGUGAAUGAGUUUUGGACAAGUUUGCAAUUGGUUGAUAGCUUCUCCUUAAACAAACUUUUGUUUUGCUAGGUCACUUAAUCCCUAUAAAUUGUUUUAUUUGUUGGAUUUUCGGUUCUUCAAUCGCAACCAGAGCGGUUCUUGUAAAACUUAAGUUACCCAUUUUUGAACCCCCAAAUAACCCGUGACGCCUCAAAAACUGCAUUUCUCAACCGAAAUUUACCGCUUAUCAGUUGCAAAAGUUAGUUGUGAAUUUGCGUUGUCCUAUAUAGCUGUAUUUCAAUUUUGAGUCGACCACAACCUUACCAGUAAUAUCUUACCCUCAGUAUUUAGGCAUAGUUUUAUUUAUACAGUAACUUCUUAUUUUACUAACCCAAUUCUGAACACGUUAAAACUAUUAGUACUAGUAAAGUACCCAACCUUCCGACCUAUCUGUAUUGCACCCGUAUUUGUUAAAUUGUACUAAACUACUACUAAAAUGGGCAACUGGAAAGUGGGUCUGUGCUCGGUCGGGGGAUGUCUGAAUGACUGGAAAUUGUGUGUGAUCUCGUGGUGUUUCCCCAUCCACGUGUUCGGCAUGGCGGCCGAGGAGGCUAUGGACAAGGGAGACGGUGUGAGGUGUAUCACUCUCGCGGCUCUUCCCUUUGUGAACUACUGUGUCUUGCCAUGCUGGAGGAGUGGGAUCAGAUCAUCUAAAGGAGUUGAGGGUAACAUCUUCUUCGACAUUCUGGCUGUGUACUGUUGUCUGCCCUGUUCGAUCUACCAGGGUGGAGUGGAGGCGGGGCUAGAUGGCCAGAAAGAGAUAGAUGGACUUGUGAACAAAAUCACCAAAGCCGUAAAGGGAUUUGACCCCAAGAAAGAGGUGAAGAAGGCGAAAGACGACACGAAAGCAGCAGCCGAAAACCCAAAGGAGGCGGUCACAGGCGAGAUGGAUCGAAAGUAAUUUCAGGAUCUGGUCCAAUCACAAUUGUCAAACGUCAGAUACAUUAUCGCAGACAUACAAUGUGUUUUGUGUAGAAUUUGCAUCAAGUCUAAUACAAUUGGUAUUCUAGUGUAGAAAAUGGUGUCGGUUUUUGUACUUGUCUGUUUUGUAGGCCUUGAUUUGAAUGUAAUCAUUUAAACUGAGUCCUCUAUAGUAAUUAUCUCUAAGUAAAAAAUGUUUUGUAAUGA